AUGUCAGCUCCAAGGGAAACGAAAAAGAGAACUACCAGAAGAAAGAAGGAUCCAAAUGCGCCAAAGAGGGCGCUGUCGGCUUAUAUGUUCUUUGCCAACGAAAACAGAGACAUUGUGCGUGCUGAGAACCCGGACGUGACCUUCGGUCAAGUGGGCAGAAUCCUAGGUGAAAGAUGGAAGGCGUUGACUCCAGAUGAGAAGACGCCUUACGAGGCCAAGGCAGAGGCAGACAAGAAGAGGUACGAGUCUGAAAAAGAGCUGUACAAUGCUACUCGCGCUUGA